AUGUAUAAAAAUAUUUUAAUAACUUUAAUUUUUUCAUUAUUUUUAACUGAAUUAAAAGCUACCCUUUGUCCUAAUGGUACUGAAACUAAUGUUGCUAAUUAAAGGGAUGAUGGAGGAAAUCCAACAAAUUGUGUUAACUGUAGAGUUAAUUUUUAUUUUAAUGGUGUUCCUGCUACUUUCAAUCCUGGUGUUAGUUAAUGCAUGCCCUGCAUCGAUAUUAAAACUGAAGAUGCAUAAGCCAAUUCAGGUAGAAUAGCUACAUUAACCCUUUAAUGUAAAUCUGAUUGCCCUGAUGGUACUUAAACGGCCCUUGGAAAUACUAAUUAUUUAGCAUAAAGACAAGAAUGUAGUUUUUGUUAAGCUAACCAUUAUUUCUAUAGUGAAAUUAAUGUUUUCAGAGCAGGUGGUGACGGAUGCGAUGCUUGUCCAGUAAGAAAAACUUCAGGUGCUGAAGCAAUUGCAGGUAUUAACGCUUCAUUAGCCUAAUAAUGUGACGUUACAUGUCCUGAUGGCACUGUAACUGCUACUGGAUCAACUAGUUUUGUAUAAGAUAGAAUAGAAUGUGUUAAUUGUGCUAAACACAAUAAAGCUGAUUUAGCUAAAAUAGAUUUGUAAUGCGAAAUUAAAUGCCCUGCUGGUACUGUACUUUUAAAUGGAAUAACAACUAAUUUUAGUAAUAAUGUUUCUGAAUGUGUUAAAUGUGCUGCAAACUUUUAUACUACAAAACAAAAUGGUUGGGUAGCAGGUACUGAUAUAUGUGUUCCUUGUUCUAAUAUUUUAACUUCUGGCGCUGAAGCAAAUUUCCCUGCUACUGCUAAUUAAGAAAAAUAAUGUAGAAUAACUGGUGCUGCUAAAGUUUUCUCUUAAUUUAUAUAAUUUUCAUUAAUAUUUAUUUAUUUAUAUUUUUUAUGA